CCCAAAUUUUCAAGUGGAAACAUGUGUGUCAUGGUCUGACAGUCCAUCACAACAAAUUGAUCUCGGCUUCAAUAUUUUCUUCCUCAUUUAUUUUUUUAUAAGAUUUAUUGCUGCUUCCGACAAAGUAUGGUUUUUAUUGGAAGUUUACAGUUUCAUCGAUUAUUUUACAAUACCACCCAGCUUUGUUGCUAUAUAUUUGGAAAGAAAUUGGCUAGGCUUACGUUUUUUGCGUGCAUUACGGUUAAUGACCGUGCCAGAUAUUUUGCAAUACUUGAAUGUGCUAAAGACAUCAUCAUCAAUACGUCUCACGCAACUUCUUUCAAUCUUUAUAUCUGUUUGCUUAACAGGAGCUGGAUUUGUUCAUGUACUUGAAAAUAGUGGUGAUCCGUUCAAAAAUUUUGCUAAUACACAUCGAAUAACUUAUUGGGAUUGUGUUUAUUUCCUACUGGUUACGAUGUCCACUGUUGGUUACGGUGAUAUCUACUGUACAACAUUUUUGGGAAGACUAUUUAUGGUAUUCUUCAUUCUUGGUGGAUUGGCAAUGUUUGCGAGUUAUAUACCGGAAAUAGCAGAUUUGAUUGGAUCAAGGCAAAAAUACGGAGGUGAAUAUAAAGGCGAGCAUGGCAAAAAACAUAUUGUUGUUUGUGGUUAUAUAACUUAUGAAUCAGUUAGUCAUUUUCUGCAAGAUUUCCUUCACGAAGAUCGAGAAGAUGUCGACGUUGAAGUAGUAUUCUUGCACAGAGUACCACCGGAUCUUGAAUUGGAAGGUCUUUUCAAACGACAUUUCACAAAAGUUGAAUUUUUCAGUGGAACAGUUAUGGAUUCCAUCGAUCUUUCUCGUGUAAAAGUUGAUGAAGCAGAUGCAUGUUUAGUGCUUGCUAACAAAUACAGCAGUGAUCCUGAUGCAGAGGAUGCUGCAAAUAUUAUGCGUGUUAUUUCCAUAAAAAAUUACAGCUCAGAUAUACGCGUCAUUGUACAGUUGAUGCAAUAUCAUAAUAAGGCUUAUUUACUAAAUAUUCCUUCAUGGGAUUGGCGUCGUGGUGAUGAUGUUAUUUGUUUGGCCGAACUGAAACUUGGAUUUAUUGCUCAGUCCUGUCUUGCGCCUGGCUUUUCAACAAUGAUGGCUAAUUUAUUUGCUAUGCGUUCCUUCAAAACGUCACCACAUACUCCACCAUGGUUGAAUGAUUACUUACGUGGUGCCGGUAUGGAAAUGUACACCGAGUCAUUGUCCCAUUCAUGUGUUGGUAUGACUUUCACGGAGGCUGCCGAGUUUUCCCGCAAUACUCCGGACUGGUUAAAUUUAUACCUGUGUGGUGCAGGCAUGGAAAUGUAUACAGAUACAUUAUCACACGGUUUCGUAGGGAUGACGUUUCCGGAUGCAGCUGAUCUGCUUUUCACUCGUUUGGGCCUAUUAUUGCUAGCAAUUGAACUCAAAGAUGAUGAGAAGAAAGAAUGCAACAUUGCAAUUAAUCCAGCUCCAACGACAACAAUUCAACCGCAAACACAAGGAUUCUUUAUAGCUCAAUCAGCUGAUGAAGUCAAACGAGCAUUUUACUGGUGUAAACAAUGUCAUGAAGAUAUUAUGGAUAUAUCACUCAUCAAGAAAUGUAAAUGUCGGAAUUUAGCUCUUUUCCGAAAAGGAGGAAAACAAGUGCAAUUAUCCAAACGAAUUGACAACGAUACGAAAAACAGCUACCUAAACGCUUUGGAUGAUGUUGCUCGUGCAACGCCUGUGUCUAAUGCAUCAAAUGAUACAGCUGUACAAUUGCGCAGACUUGAUGAACGGCGUUCGUUUGGCCGGAAGAAUUCAUUAAGUUUACCUCCAGAAGGUCGACCUAUUGAUUUCACCAAAGAAUUUGAGCAGCAAGAUAUGAAAUACGACAGUACAGGAAUGUUCCAUUGGUGUCCGGCAAGAACACUUGAAGAAUGUGUUUUGGAUCGGCAUCAAGCAGCAAUGACAGUACUGAACGGACAUGUAGUUGUUUGUUUAUUCGCCGAUCGUAAUUCACCUUUAAUUGGUCUUCGCAAUUUUGUCAUGCCUCUUCGUGCCUCAAAUUUUCAUUACCAUGAACUGAAACAUGGAUCGCCAUUAUCACGAGCAGAUUUGCGCGCAGUAAAUAUAAAUUUAUGUGAUAUGUGUGUUAUUGUAUCAGCUCGUAUACCGAAUCCAAAUGAAGAUCCAACACUGGCCGAUAAGGAGGCCAUUUUAGCAUCAUUGAACAUCAAGGCUAUGCAGUUUGAUGAUACUCUUGGUUUUUAUCCGUUACGGCAAACUGGUGGGACUGUUUCGCCGCUUGGUAGUCCGUUAUCGUUACAGAAGAAAGGCGCACGAUUUGGUACCAAUGUACCAAUGAUUACUGAGCUCGUUAACGACUCCAAUGUACAAUUCUUGGAUCAGGAUGAUGAUGAUGAUCCAGACACUGAGCUCUACCUUACUCAACCUUUUGCUUGCGGCACUGCUUUCGCAAUAUCUGUAUUGGAUUCUCUAAUGAGCACCACUUAUUUUAACGAUUCUGCUUUGACGCUGAUUCGAACACUGGUAACAGGAGGCGCUACACCGGAAAUGGAGUUAAUAUUAGCUGAAGGCGCAGGAUUACGAGGGGGAUACAGUACACCGGAAACACUGAAUAAUCGAGAUCGAUGCAGAAUUUCACAAUUAGCUCUACAAGAUCGACCGUUCGAAGGAAUUACGACGGGUAGUUCCUACGGCCAAAUGUUCAGCACAGCACUGAAAAGACAUGGACAGCUCUGCAUAGGGCUGUAUCGACUACACGAUCAAGCGGCGGUCGAUUCUAAUAAACGAUAUGUCAUAACAAAUCCACCAGCCGAAUUACGAUUGUUAUUAAGUGACUACGUUUAUGUGUUAGAACAAUUUGAUCCGGGUUUGGAAUAUGAGCCAAGGAAAAAUUUCCUAUAA